GAUGCAUCCUCGCCGCCUCUCCACGCUGCUCUCAAAGCGGCAACAGCUUGGCCAGAUCGCAGCGGCAAUCGACGCGCUCCAGAAGCGCAAGGAUGCGGAUCUCAAGGAGUGCGUCAGGGUAAUCCAGUCCUGCGCCAGGCUCGGGGCUCUAGCGGAGGGUCGCCGGAUCCAUCAGCUGAUCCGGAGAGUCGGGCUGGGAUCCGAUGUCUAUGUUUCCAAUCAUCUGGUGAUGAUGUAUGGAAAAUGUGGGAGCUUGGAGGAGGCCAGGCUCGUCUUUGAGGCAACCCCGGCCAAGAACGUCUUUAGCUGGACGAUCCUUAUCACAGUGUGUGCUCAACAUGGGCGAUCUCAAGAGGCUCUGGCUCUCUUCUACGAGAUGCUCAAGCAGGGAAUCCAGCCACACAGCGUCUCCUUCACUGCUGCCAUCAACGCUUGCUCCGCCGGGCCCGAGUUUCUCCCCGCUGGGAGAGCUCUCCACGCUCUACUCCGCCGCUAUGGCUUCCAGGACGCGGUGGUGGCAACGACCUCCUUGGUCUCCAUGUACAGCAAGUGUGGAAGCCUUGAAGAGUCCGUGAAGACGUUCGAGAGCAUGACCGAGCUCAACGCUGUCUCCUGGAACGCGAUGAUCGCGGCUUUUGCCGAGCACAGACGAGGGCUGGAAGCAUUGAGGACGCUGCAAAAGAUGUUCUUGGAGGGGAUCAGAGCUUGCAGCGUGACUUACAUCACGCUCAUGAGUGCCUACGACCAGCCUUCUCAGCUCAAAUCUGCGAGGUACAUUCACGAUUGUAUCUUACGAACUGGAUUUGAUCAGGACGUGGUUGUAGGCACUACGCUCGUCAACAUGUACGCCAAGUGUAGCGGCUUGCAUGAUGCAAACGCGGCCUUCGUCAAGCUCCAGGAGCCCAACGUUAUCACCUGGAACGUUCUCAUUUCGGCCUACGUCCAGCACUGCUGCUUCAAGGAGGCAAUGGGACUCUUUCGGAGGAUGCUGCUACUUGGUCUGGAAAUGGACGAAGUUACUUUCAUCAACAUCCUGGGAGCUUGCUGCGUUCCUGUGGCACUGGAGGAUGGUAGAGCUAUUCACGCUUGUGUUCGCGAGCAUCCUCUAGCUUCGAACCAUGCUCCACUGGAGAACGUCAUACUCAACAUGUAUGGGAAGUGUGGAUGUCUACAAGACGCGGAAGCCAUGUUUAAAAGCAUGUCACAGCCGGAUGUGAUCGCGUGGAACACUAUGAUCGCAGCUUACAGCCAGCACGGGCACACCAGCGAGGCUCUUCGUUUCUACGAACUCAUGCAAGAAGAAGGCGUGGUGCCGGACGACUACACCUACGUGAGCGUUAUAGACGCUUGUGCCACCUUGGGUGAUAUGGAAGUGGGGAAACAGGUUCACAGGAGGCUGGGAGACAGAGCCUUUCAAGUUACAGAGCUUGCAAACUCGCUCGUCAACAUGUACGGGAAGUGUGGGAUCCUGGACGUGGCCAGAAGCAUCUUCGACAAGACUGCCAAAGGCUCUGUGACCUGGAACGCCAUGAUAGGAGCCUAUGCGCAACACAGUCACGAGCAGCAGGCGUUCGAGCUCUUCCUUUUGAUGCGGCUUGACGGGGAAGAGCCAAGCUACAUCACAUUUAUGAGCGUGCUAUCAGCUUGUGCCAAUGCGGGCCUUCCGGAAGAAGCACACUCUUAUUUCGUCUGUAUGCAGCAAGAUCACGGGGUUCGUCCAGGGGGUGGCCACUACGGGUGCAUGGUCGAAUCUCUUGGCAAAGCUGGUCGGCUGAGCGAUGCCGAAGCUCUCAUUCAAGGCAUGCCUUUCGAGCCGGACGUUUUGACGUGGACAUCGUUCCUUGCCAACUGCAGAAGUCACGGUGAUAUGAAACGAGGAAAGUUUGCUGCAAAAGGAGCUAUUCGGAUUGAUCCGGAGGCGUCGACAGGCUACGUGGCUUUAGCACGCAUCCAUGCCGACGCUGGAGAUUUUCAGGAGGCCUCCAGGAUCAGAAAGUUGAUGCUAGACCGGGGUAUCAGAAAAAACGCAGGGCGGAGUAUCAUCAAGCUUGGAACUAGCGUCUAUGAGUUUACUGCGGGGGAUCAAUCCAAUCCAAGAAGCAAGGAGAUAUUUGAUGAGCUCAAGAGACUUGACAAGGAAAUGAAGAGAGCGGGAUAUGAUCCUGAUAUGACACACGUUGCUCAUGAUGUGGAGGCUGGGCAGAAGGAACCGCUGCUCUUCGCUCACAGUGAAAGGCUGGCUAUCGCAUUUGGUAUCAUCAGCACGUCUCAGGGGACUCCACUUCGUAUCAUGAAGAACCUUCGUGUAUGUGGCGACUGUCAUGCCAUGACGAAGCUGACGUCGAAGAUUACACGACGAGAAAUUAUUGUGAGGGACUCAAAUCGGUUUCAUCACUUUAAGAACGGCUCCUGCUCCUGCAAGGACUUCUGGUGAGACUUCUUUUCCUUCGAGGCCGGAUGGAACAGGAACUCGUCCAUACGUUUUGCUAUCAUCAACAGGCUAAUAGAUACGACUAGAGCAAAGCUGCACUUUGUACGCUGAGCGUUGUCGCAGUAGCUCGUGGAAGCUACAGUGUGGCUUCCACCUGAGCCCGAGUCUGAUAUAAACAGGAGAGGCGACAGCCCCAGAAUGCAACCAAAGGUAACACCUGAAGCCGCUCCAAUGGUCUCCGCCCAUUGCGCAUUGUUGGACUUAAGCUGCGAGGGUGAAAGAUCAAGCUCGGGCAUAAACUUCUCUGAAGCCCGCUCUAUAUAUCCACAUAGAAGCGAUCCGAGCAGAUCGGACACAGCGUUUCCAAGGCCUGCAGACUACCAACGAGCUUACAACAGUUCAGGCGUCGCGGAAGAAUUUCUUACUGCCAUGGUAGACAAGCCAAAGGGCGAGAGCUCGAUGAAUUAUGGGGGCUGUAUAGAACGACCACUCACCUAUAAAGCCGAAGCCAACCAUUCCUGCAAGGAAAGUUUUCCCGGAAAUUCAUUCGGGUGAUCAUAACACUCGGGUGAUAGAUCUCGAGUCAUUGUCAUCGCUUUCCUCUGAAGCUGUAGCCUAACCAACAAGAACCAAACGCGCGCAGAGCGCUGUCAUCACGGCCUUUCUGCCGCCGGGAUCCAACGCAGAGACCAGCUUCUCCGCAGCUUUGGCGGGGUUGUGAUCGAGUGCCUGCUUCAUGCUUCGCGCCGCUUCCUCGCACUCGUCCUGCUUGGCCCGCAAUCUCCUCCCCCGGUGUCGCCAGCAAACUCGUGACUCCACUGAAAAACGCGGCACCGACGCUGCUCGCGAAAUGCUUCCAUAGCGCGCGAGGCAAGCAAGAAUUCGAAAAUUUGAAUCUUGCGAGGCGGUUUAGUUUCGCGCGCCCGUGACGGGCGGCCGUUGGAUGCGGCCCCCGAGAUCGGACGGCUGAGGCUCGCGCUUCUAGAAAGAAGGUGACGUUCUCGUGACCUUUUCGUCGUGCCUGUGAUUAGAAAGGUGUAUGAGUUGCAUGGGCCAACUUUCACCAACUUUUUUCAAUUUUUGCGGUACAUUGUUUGGUUUUUUUCUCUUCUUGCGUGUUGAGUUGUUCAUCACGAUUCAACACUUGGGGCGAUCUCUGCGCUCUCUCUCAUAUUAAUUGCCAGCGCUUACGUGAGACGAUAGUUAACUCUGUGAUUUCCUGUUCCAUGUUCCAGGGAAGCCAGUAAGCCGACAAAUCGACAAGGAAAAGGCAGCAGCAAAGAAUUUGGUAUGAACUUGGACACUCCGAAGCAGGGGGCCGUGGCAGAGUCAACAAAAGAAAUCGUUUUCUACUUCCUGGAAGUCAAGCGGAGAGAGACUUCCGAGGAAUCAGCGACCAACAUGUUCGUAAGUCAUGGCCAUGUUGCGCUCGAAAAUGGAGUUCCAUGCACCGGAGGAGACCCCGAUCGAUCGAUCAUAUCAAAUAGAAGCUCUUGGAAGAUGAGGAUCGAAUCAGCAAGACGGAUGGAUUUGGACGACUCACGCGGCCAAAGGGAUAAGAGUUGAGCUGGAUCGAUGAAACUGGGAUGCAAAGGUUGCAUGUGAUGCAAAUCCUGCAAAGGAUAAGAAUUCACCCCCUUGGGACCACCGACUUGCCAGAUCCAAGUUGCGACCGAAAUUUCUCGUCCUGUAACUGGCAAGAGAUUUUCAAGCAGAAAUCUUUACGCAUUCAAGAGCCUCUCAAGACUUUACUCGCGUGUAAGUUGCAAGAGAUCUCUCAAGACAAAAUCUUUACUCUUGUGUAAGUUUGCGGAAGACUUACAAGUGAAAGUCUUGACUCCUGUGUAAGUAAGUUGCGGAAGAUUGUCAUGGGAAAAGUCUUUACUCU